AGGUAUUCAGAUUCUGAGAAAUUUGUCUCUGCUCAGAAGCCACCCCUCCACACCUGACACCAUGAGCCAUUCCUGCUGCUCCCCUUGCUGUCAACCUACCUGCUGCAGGACCACCUGCUGCAAACCUACCUGUGUGACCACCUGCUGCACGACCACCUGCCUGAAGCCUACUUGUGUGACCACCUGCUGCCAGCCCACCUGCUGUGAGUCCAGCUGCUGUCGGCCUUGCUGCCCCCCAACUUGCUAUCAGACUAGUGAAAACACCUGCUGUAGGACCACCUGCUGCAAACCUACCUGUGUGACCACCUGCUGCCAGCCCGCCUGCGGUGGGUCCAGCUGCGGCCAGCCUUGCUGCCUCCCUAUCCGCUGUCAGACCACCUGCUGCAGGACCACCUGCCUCAAGCCUACUUGUGUGACCACUUGCUGCCAGCCCACCUGCUGUGAGUCCAGCUGCUGUCAGCCCUCCUGCCCCCAAACUUGCUGUCAAAUCACUGAAACCACCUGCUGCAAACCUACCUGUGUGACCAGCUGCUGUCAGCCCACCUGCUGUGGAUCCAGCAGCGGUGGACAAAUCUGCGGUGGUUCUAACUGCUGUCAGCCUUGCUGUCAGGCAGCUUCCUGUGCACCCGUGUACUGCCAUAGAACCUGCUACCACCCCACGUGCUGCUGCCUGCCUGGGUGCCAAGACCAGAGCUGUGGAUCCAGCUGCUGCCAGCCUUGCAGCCGCCCUGUCUGCUGUCAGAUCACCUGCUGUAGGACCACCUGCUGCAAACCUACUUGUGUGACCACCUGCUGCCAGCCUAUGGGCUGUGGGUCAAGCAAUUGUGGACAAAUCUGCAGCAGAUCCAGCUGCUGCCAGCCUUGCUGCUGCUGAAAAUCUCACCAAAGAACCACCAUCUUACAAAUCAACCUUGCUUUUCCUAGGACAAAUUCACUUCCAAAUGAUGCUGAAAGCCAGCAGUCUAUUACCAAUUUUUUUUGUUAUUCAUCUGCCUAUAUAAAAGCUUAUGAAUCAGCUUGAUGGAAUGUAGAGGACUUCACCUUGAUUCUCCCCUUCCUAUCUGUGUGGGUCAUAUGCCAGUUUCCUGCAUCAUUAUAAUGGAGCAUCUUGGCUUUGACUUUGAAGUCUAGAUCUUCACCUUCUCUCUGCAUGUAUUUUAGGGAAAAAAUCCUCAUGACUUUUUCUUUAGUUUCUAAUACUUAUCUUCAUAAUAGUCUUCAUAAUCAUGUAUCUUUUCAAUAUACUGAUUAUUUUUGUAUCUUGCUUUCUUCUUUUCAUAAUUAUUUUGAGUUGUCUCUCUAGAUGCAGGGAAUUUUACCCGGAUUUCUAAAUAAAUCUUGUGCCACUAUUCAUCCCA